AUGCGUUUCUCUACUAUCCUCAGCCUCUCCGGUGGAAUUGUUGCUUCUGCUGUCGCUCAUCCCGACAAAAGCAACGGCCUCUAUUCAACUGAAUCGACCACCCCGAACGUCGAACGUGCGGCGCAAUCCGAUCUCGAUCCUUCUGUCUGGAAGAACCUUCUCAGUGCGCCUCAACCCAAGCGUAGCAACCUCGACUCCUCUCGCAACCGCCCAGUGAAGCGUCAGUCGGGAUGGACCCCUCCUUCGGAUCUGAAAGCUCCCCUUCAAGAGGUCUGGGAUCAUUAUGUGAAGACCUAUGAUGGCGGGCUAGACGCCAACGUCAACACUGGAUUCCAUCAGAUCAUGGCCAACAAGGGAUACCUUAACAUCUGUGUUCGAUGGGACUCAAGUGCCACUCUCACCGAGGCACAGCGAACCAAGAUCGCCAAAGUCUAUGACCAGCAGUACCAGAAAUGGUUCAAAUGGCUCUACGGCUACAACGGCUUUCCAUACAGCAACGUCAAGGUCAACAUCGUCGGAUACGCCGUCAAGAACAAGAGCCAGCUCCAAGGUUCAACCACUGGCUACGAUGUCUACACUGAACUUGACGCUGAUGGUAUCCCCAUGUGCCCCGUCGCCUGUGCUCGUGAUGCUCACCUAGAUGGUGACUACAGCGGAUGCAAGGCUGGAGCUGACCGCCACUACGACCAUUCUCUCUGGUUGACUGAUGGACUUGAGGGUGGAUUUGGCCAUAACUGGGGACAGCAGGUUGGCCGCGAGUAUUUCAUGAACAAUCUCGACUCUGACAACAUUCAUAUUCUCCUGCACGAAAUGGGACACACCUUUGCUUUGGAUGAUUUCUAUGAUUGGACACCCACCGGCAUCACCAAGUUCAUUAUGCUUGCCGGCGCCUCGAUGGAAAUCACCGACUUUGACGGCUGGAUGCUACGAAACUGGUGGUACUACCUUUCUCAGAAGAACAAAUGGAGUUCCACCAAGGCUAGCGCCUCUGCUGCAUCUUCUACCGCCAUUACGCCCGCAAAGGCCGCUGACAAGGUCGUCACAACCACCAAAGCUGCUACCAAGGCCACGACUACUAAGGCCACGGCUACCAAGGCCGCGGCUACGAGCGUUCCUGUUGUUUCCACUGGCGGUAACGCAGGUAAAACUGUUGCUGCGUGGGGUCAGUGCGGUGGUGGCAACUGGGCUGGUGCUACCAAGUGUGCUGCUGGACUCAAGUGCACCAAGAACAACGAUUUCUACUCCCAGUGUGUUCCCAACUAG